AUGGCGUCCAGCUCCGUACCUGGGCCGUUGUCCGUGGAAAAGUGUCCUCCACGGUACGAGGACAACGACGACGGGUCCCCACCAUCGGAACUGCACCGAUCGAUUGCCAAACAGGAACUGGGUGAAACGGAGCAGGGUCGGGUGCAGGCGUUGGCCGAGCUGCGCCGAUGGAUCGCCGCGCAUCCGCACAUACGCAAGUGUCGCACCGAUUCCCUGUUCCUGUUGCGGUUCGCGCGUGCCCGUCUCUACGAUCUGGAUGCGGCCCGUCUAGCGAUCGAGCGCUAUCUCACGAUGCGUCAGACGUUUCGCCUGUGGUACGAAAACCUCGAGCCCACCGAUCGCUAUAUGCGCGAGCUGGUGGACGAGGUACGCGGCUGUCUGCCGCUCGGUGUGGAUCGGGCUGGCCGCAUGGUGGCCCUGGUUCGGGUGCGCAGUUUCGAUGUCACGCGCUACAACUGCUAUCACCUCGGACGCUUCCAGCACAUGCUGAUGGAAGCGUACUUUGACGAUACGGCGGUCCAGAUUGGUGGAGGUGUCGCGAUCAUAGAUUGUGCCGCGGCCACGAUGGGCCAUUUCAUGUGCUUCAAGCUGGCGGAUGUGAAAAACUUUAUCGAUUGCGUCCAGCAUGCUCUGCCGGUGCGCGUGAAGGAAGUGCACAUUGUUCACCUGCCCCUGAUCGGACAGGCCCUCGGGAAUCUCGUGCUUAGCUUCGCCGGUGAAGAGCUUCGGAAGCGCAUAUUCUUCCACGGCACGAUGGACGGUGUGUUGAAGUACGUCGAUCGCGAUCUGCUGCCGCUAGAGUACGGUGGAAAGUCUAGCCCGGAAGAGAUUACCCUGAAGCUGAAGGACCGACUUGCUGCCAGGCGGGACAUGCUACUGUUGUUAGAUCAAAUGGAAAUCGAUUGUGCACCGUACGCUCACUUUUGGAACGAAACCAGCGAAGGCGACAUCGAGUUUGGGAUGGAGAUUGACUGA